CCCGCCAAAACUUUGGAGAAGGAAGCUUCCCAGUCCAUUCACCUCCCAUCACCGCGCGGUAACUGGCAUGAGCUUUUGUUUAUGCCUACCCACCUGCCUACCUGCCUGAGUAUUUCUCUCGACUUAGGCUAACCCAUAUCCCAACCUUUUCGAAGCCUUUUCGGCGUCGGCUCGUGCAGGAUAAAGGAACAUCGUGAUCUUGCCGGGCAGUUUGUUUUCUAGCGCAUGCUCCAGGGCCUCGAGAACUUUACCACCGCCUCCCUCCACCGUACCGACUUCUCUCCUUCCACCUUGCGAUCGCCGAAACCUAUUCUUACAACAUAACACGACACUCGCCAUGGCUGAUCUUGCGAGCCGAAUUACAAAGCCUGAUGAGGCUGCUGCGGAUCCUCCAGCCGACAGUGCUCCCGCCUCUACUGGCGAACUUGGUCAAGCCGACGGUAACAUCGAGGACCUCGGUGGCUCUGGUCUCCAUGAGCCUGAAUGGGAUGUCGAGGUCUCCCUGAGCGAGCUACAGAACAAUGAAGCUACUCCCUUCCACUCUGCCACCACUUGGCAGGAUCUUGGCCUCCGCGAGGAUAUUCUGAAGGGUCUCCUCAGCCUUAACUUUCUGAAGCCAUCCAAGGUACAAGGCAGAUCACUUCCGCUGAUGCUCAGCGAUCCGCCGCGAAACAUGUUGGCGCAGUCCCAGUCUGGUACUGGCAAAACCGCUGCCUUUGUGACCGCGAUAUUGUCGCGAGUUGACUUCAGCAAACCUGACCAGCCCCAAGCUCUUGCUCUUGCACCUAGCCGAGAGCUUGCGCGACAAAUUGAGGGAGUUAUCAACGCCAUCGGCCGCUUUAUCGAGAAUAAGAAGGUUGCUGCUGCGAUCCCCGGCGCACUCCCUCGUGGAGAACCCGUCAGAGCUAGUGUCAUUGUCGGUACUCCAGGUACAGUGAUGGACAUCAUUCGACGCAGACAGUUAGAUGUCUCUCAGCUCCGCGUCCUUGUCCUUGAUGAGGCCGACAACAUGCUGGAUCAGCAAGGACUCGGGGACCAGUGCCUUCGGGUCAAGAACAUGCUCCCCAAGGACAUUCAGGUCCUUCUUUUCUCGGCCACCUUCCCCGAGAAUGUCAUGAAGUAUGCCAGCAAGUUCGCGCCCAACGCCCAUAGUCUUAAGUUGCAGCGUAGCGAGCUCACGGUCAAGGGCAUCUCUCAAAUGUUCAUCGACUGCCCAGAUGAUAACACCAAGUACGAUAUUCUUUGCAAGCUUUAUGGAUUGAUGACCAUCGGCCAGUCAGUCAUCUUCGUCAAGACACGAGAAAGCGCCAACGAGAUUCAGAGGCGAAUGGUAGCAGAUGGUCACAAGGUCUCUGCACUCCAUGCCGCCUUUGAUGGAUUCGAGCGAGAUGAUCUUUUGUCCAAAUUCCGCCAGGGCGAGAACAAGGUUCUCAUUACCACCAACGUUUUGGCUCGUGGUAUCGAUGUUUCCAGUGUGUCCAUGGUUAUCAACUAUGACAUCCCCAUGAAGGGAAGAGGUGACACUGAACCGGAUGCCGAGACCUAUCUGCACCGUAUUGGCCGAACCGGUCGAUUCGGCCGUGUCGGAGUCAGCAUCAGCUUCGUUUACGAUAAGAAAAGUUUCGAUGCCUUGAGCAAGAUUGCCGAGCAGUAUGGUAUUGACUUGGUCAAGCUCGAUACUGAGGACUGGGAUGAGGCGGAGGAACGAGUGAAGGAAGUCAUCAAGAAGAACAGAGCUCAAGCUUCGUAUGCCCCUAGUGCAACUGAGCCUAAGGCUACCGAGGGUGCCUAGAACUUGCCCGCGUACGGAGUUCAUCCUGGAUUCCAUAAUGGUUUCGGGAACAACGGACCACGCUUUAACGGUAUGGCCUAUGGCGGCAUGAACCAGAAUGGGAUAGUCUACGAUCGCAUGAGGUUUUAAGGCUAUAAUCUCCACAAUACAAUGAUUUGAUUCAGCGGGAGGUGCGAUGAGGCGACCUAUCGCUGUCGCCGGCCAGCGGUUUCUGACCUUUUCGAAAUGCGACAGAGUUAAGAUGGACUGGGGGAUAUUGAGGAUGCAAAUAGGCGAGAAAAGCUAGCUACCCUGUGUCUGUCUUUUGCAGGAUGGAGAUACCAAUAACAAAAAAAGGCUGUCAUCAAAUCAUUGUCCGCAUGGCGUUUCUUCCGCAG